ACAUGGAGCAUAUCCUUCGUCUCUGCUCUGUGACGCAUUCCAUCGUGGCAUUCUUCAUGCUCGUGGCAUACUACCACCUCAAGAUCCCACUGGUGAUCUUCAAACGCGAGAAGGAGGUGGCGCGGAGGCUUGAGUUCGACGGCCUGUACAUCGCCGAGCAGCCCGUGGACGACGACAUCAAAUCGCACUGGGACAAGCUUGUCAUUUCUGCCAAGUCGUUCCCGUGCAACUACUGGGACAAGUUUGUGAAGAAGAAAGUACGUCAAAAGUACAGCGAGACUUACGACUUCGACUCGAUCUCUAACCUGCUGGGCAUGGAGACCACCAUGACGUUCAAACAGGACCAGCAGGCGUCUGGUGUCAUCGGAUAUCUGAUGUCAGUGGACUGGCGUUACCAAGUCUGGAAGGCUGGUGUCACCUUCACCGAUAAUUCGUUCCUGUACAACUUGUGGUACCUGUCGUUCUCGCUGCUUGGUAACCUGAACUACUUCUUCUUCGCGGCCCAUCUCAUCGACGUGGCCGUGGCCAUCCCCUCACUCAAGACCAUCCUGCAGUCCGUCACUCACAACGGCAAGCAGUGCUUCGUGUUCCACCUGUACAAGGGCGUCCGGGCUGGGGGCGGUAUCGGUGACGAGAUCGAGUCUCCUGACGGUGACGACUACGAGGUCUACAGGAUACUAUUCGAUAUAUCCUUCUUCUUCUUCAUCAUCGUCAUCCUGCUGGCCAUCAUUCAGGGUUUGAUCAUCGACGCGUUCGGUGAGCUGCGCGACCAGCUGGAGAGCGUCAAGGAGAACAUGGAGAGCAACUGCUUCAUAUGCGGCAUGCCCAGCGACUACUUCGACUCUGUGCCGCACGGCUUUGAUGUCCACGUUGACAAAGAGCACAACCUCGCCAAUUACAUGUUCUUCCUAAUGCAUCUGAUCAACAAGGACGAGACCGAGUACACCGGCCAAGAGACGUACGUCUGGAACAUGUAUCAGCAGCGCUGCUGGGAUUUCUUCCCUGUUGGUGACUGCUUUAGGAAACAAUAUGAGGAAGAACUCUCAGGUGGAAGUAGCAGCUAAAUACGCAGCGAAUGCAGCUACAAGCCCCCAUCUACCUCUUCGUCUUCGUCACGUUUUUUAGAACUUGCAGAUCAAAGAGCUCCAUUUUGCCUAGGAAAUCUUGGCAAGUUCUUGCACAACCUGUAAGACAUCCUCCUUAUCCUGGAUAUCAUGCCGAAGUCUUGUACGACAUAUAGGAUCCCCUCUUCGCCUUGAAAAUCCUGUCGAUAUCCUUCUCGACUUACAGGACCUCCACUUCGGCUUGGUAAUCCCAUCAAUGUUUUGCAAAAUCUACAGAAACAUCACCGCGACGAAUGCCCUUGCGCCGAACGAUAUUUACAUUUAUAGAUGCACAUUAAAACGCACACGAUGGGGCCUCGUAAUUUCAAACCGUUAAGCGGUAGCCUAGCGUUGCUAAACCAUCUAUUGGCGUGACCCUGCUACGCCAUAAUUUCUUUUGACAAUUCUUAUGAGUAAGAUAAACUUCAUGUUACUCCUGUGUUAGCUGCUAGAGCUUCUUCUAGCUGCACGGCGGUGACAAUCAAUCUGAUGCUACCACCGAAUUUCCUGUACGCGGAAGUUUGCUCCUCGUGUAUAAAUAAUUUUAAUUGACUUAAUGAAAAAAUUGCACUACUUUAACAUAGCAACUUGUAUUAUCGAGCGAAAAAAAUAGAACUUUUUGUGCGAAACUGCUGCUUUCGCUGAAACAGGAUCUUUUAUUCAUAUACUAUCUAUUGAGUUGAGUACUGAUCAUCUUAGCUUCAUCGAUGCCUAGAAAAAUCUGAAGUGGUGUCUUUUACCACCACCUGUCUGAAGUGGUGAAAAAUUAUCAGGAGGUGAAAUCACCACAUAUCUUCAACCUAAAUAUUUAAAUAUUUGAAGAAAUACAUAACCUGCAAGCCCAUCAUAUCAUUCUAAAUUACGAACUUGUGGUUUUAAUUUUCAAUGUAAAUGCUUGGUAUUUGUUUCUGUUUGACCAUGCAUAUCCUUCAAAUACAUAUGUAGAUGGCUAGAAAAUCGUAUUCUAUUAUUGUUAUUAGAAGACUGAGGCAGAGUGAAGUUUGUCAGGUGAUGGUCCUAGCCUAAAAGUCGAUAAUAUUUAGCAUUUCUCCUGUACACUUAAAAAAUGAAUGGUUCAUAUUAUCCAGAAAAUUCUCACCCUUUCCCGGUUAGAGAGCAGACGUGGCAAAUUGGUAAGCCCCUUUGCUGAGCAAAACGAGCUCAACAUGACCCACAUAAAAGCGAAAAGUGCAUCGCUAUUUGGACAAAUUGCUCUUUCUCUGAGAGUUUUCGACAGAAAUAUCAGGCGACUGGGCAUGCGGCCAGACUAUAAAUGGUCUUGCUGGUUAAAUCGAUUGCAAUUUUAUUUGUACUUCAAUUCGCUCUAAUCAAAAACGAUUGAAAAAUGUUUUGUCAUGAUGAUAACAGAGUUUCAUAUCAAAAUGAGUUGUGUUUCAUAACAAUAUGAGUCGUGUUUCAUAACAAGAUGAGCCACAAAUUUUCAGCAUUUAAACAGGAUUUGGUGCAGUGUCGAUUGAAUUCGUUUUCAGUCAUCAGCGAAGUUUCAAGAGAACUCGCGAUAUAAAUUCUUUUUAUGCUUAAUAUCUAGUCAAGUAGCCAUUAUUAAUGAAUUUUCCUCCUAUAUGAACCAAUUGCAGUUACUGAUAAACCACACUUUUAAAAAGCUCAUUAUGCUUCUCUACAGACUACUGUCGCGAGAAAUACGUCUAAUGUUAUGAAGAAUUUGCCUACUCUACUGUUAUGAGGAAUGCUCUUUCGGUUAUGAGGAAUACGUUUUGAGUAUUCCUGUAGAUUCGUGAUGAAUCAUCCUUGAAAAGUUCAACGAAUCUUUGUCUUGUUAGUGUGAUAAGUUUGUUUACUGUUCUAACAGUGAAUUUGAUGCCUUCUACUUGACGCUAGUCAUAGUGUACCUUUUAAAUGUUUAAAAUGAACAUGUAGGGCAUGCUGAUGAUAUUAUCAAGUCAAAUGAAACUUUUCGAUUAAUUAUUAAGGUCAUUAGAAACGUUGCGUCCGUAGUCGUUAGUCGUGAAAUUUCAUCACUCAACUUCCUAGUGUGUCUUGUAAAUGUUUUCUAUCCAUCCAUGAAUUAAUUACUAUCUUAGCCUCAUCCCAGGUCAGCAUUUCUACCCAGAACGUUUCUCGCUACUCUCAAGCUCUCUUCUUCUAAUUGAAUCUUCGAUAUAACUGCUUUACAUUGCUGUUCGUUUGCCACUCGCUGAAUUAAAUGCAAGAUUUCGCUAAGAGAUUUGGUCAAUCAUGCAUAAUGAGUCCCAUUUUCUUCUUUUGUUAUCACCGGCUUCCCAUUUUCUAAUUUUCAGUAGUUCACUGCUCCCUUCAUUGACAUGAUUUUCCUUCAUGGUUCCUGCUGGACCUUUACGUUUUGCGACCUGGAUCUGUUGACCUUCUCCACUUAAGACUAUAGUCGAGGUUAUUAGACUAUAUUUCGACAUCGAGAUUAGACUGAAUUUGUGCGUAAGACAAUGAUUCUUCUAUUGAAUACAUUUUCUCAUUUACA